AGGGUCAAACCUGGCCGGUGUCUGUUCCCACGUGACUCAUUACGUUUCUCUGCGAGGAGAGGAAGACACAAGAACACCUUUUUUCAAGCUAGCUUUCUAGUCUAGAGCUUUAAAUACUAGUUUAAUGGUGACGGUAAGUGUUUUUCUUCUUGUAAAUAGGAUGUUAAUUAUGAAGCUAUCAGAGAUGCCUUCAAGGGAGGAAGUAAUGUUAAGAGAACUCAAAAACACACCAACUGCUGCGUGAGGACCUCCAUUGAGAAUGGUGUGGAGAAGAGGCUUUCUUACAAAAUAACAAUCCAAUCAAGACUCUAAGAAGGUUUGCGAGGCCACUGGUGUCAAGGGCCACUGUGGAUCGUGGUCACUAGCCAGAGAAGUAUCACUCUAGCGUUUCAAUACACUAGAUCUUGCCUCUCAAGAUGAGGAGACUGCCAGAAGCCAAAUUAAGAUGAAAAUCAAGACAACUGAAUCUUUCUGGAAGGCUUUCUGCCUUUGUACAGUUAAGAGGUCCCCAAGGAGACCAUGGUCAAAGCCUGUGGUGGUGAAAGUGAUUUGGGGCAGAGGGAAACCCCCGCCACAAAGUGCACAUCACUCACCAGAGAAACAAAAUGGAUGAGAAGCCUACCACCAGGAAAGGGUCAGGUUUCUGCUCAUUACGCUAUGCGCUGGCUCUCAUCAUGCACUUCUCCAACUUCACCAUGAUAACGCAGCGUGUGAGUCUGAGCAUUGCCAUCAUUGCCAUGGUGAACAGCACGCAGCAUCAGGACCCAGCUAAUGCAUCCACAGAGGGGCCUGUGAUGGAUCUCCUCAGCAACCGGAGCAGAGGCAUCAAGGACUUUAGUACCCGGGGUGCUGUCUAUCAGUGGAGCACAGAGACCCAGGGCAUUAUCUUUAGCUCCAUCAGCUAUGGAAUCAUAUUGACGUUAAUACCAAGUGGAUAUUUAGCGGGGAUAUUUGGAGCAAAGCAGAUCCUUGGCGCUGGGUUGCUCAUCUCAUCCCUGCUCACGCUGUUUACUCCACUGGCGGCUGACUUUGGGGUGAUUUUGGUCAUCGUCAUUCGCACAGUCCAGGGGAUGGCACAGGGAAUGGCCUGGACCGGUCAGUUCACAAUUUGGGCAAAGUGGGCUCCGCCACUUGAACGGAGCAAGCUCACCAGCAUUGCGGGUUCAGGGGCAGCGUUUGGGUCCUUCAUCAUCCUCUGUGUGGGAGGACUAAUCUCACAGGCACUGGGCUGGCCUUUUAUCUUCUACAUCUUUGGUAGCAUUGGCUGUGUCUGCUGUGUGCUGUGGUUCACGGUGAUUUAUGAUGACCCCAUGCAUCACCCAUGCAUAAGUGUGAGGGAAAAGGAACACAUCACGUCCUCAGUGGCUCAGCAGUCAAGUUCUCCCAGAAGGUCUGUCCCCAUAAAGGCGAUGGUCAGAUGCCUGCCACUGUGGGCCAUUUUCAUGGGUUUUUUCAGUCAUUUCUGGCUUUGCACUAUAAUCAUAACAUACCUACCGACGUACAUCAGCACAGUGCUGCAUGUUAACAUCAGAGACAGUGGGGUUCUGUCCUCCCUGCCUUUCAUUGCUGCCUCAAGCUGUACAAUUUUAGGAGGUCAAAUGGCAGAUUUCCUUCUCUCCAGGAAUCUUCUCAGCUUAAUCACAGUUCGAAAACUCUUUUCAUCCCUGGGGCUCCUCCUUCCAUCCCUUUGCGCUGUGGCCCUGCCUUUUGUGACUUCCAGUUACAUAGCAACCAUUGUUUUGCUGAUACUCAUUCCUGGGACCAGCAAUUUGUGUGACUCAGGGUUCAUCAUCAACACCCUAGACGUUGCCCCCAGAUAUGCAAGUUUCCUCAUGGGCAUCUCAAGGGGAUUUGGUCUUACUGCAGGAAUCAUCUCAUCCACUACCACCGGAUUCCUUAUCAGUCAGGAUUCUGAAUCAGGAUGGAGGAAUGUGUUUUUCCUGUCUGCUGCUGUCAACAUGUUUGGUCUGAUCUUUUAUCUCAUAUUUGGACAAGCAGAAAUCCAGAACUGGGCCAAAGAAAGGACUCUCACCCGCCUCUGAGGAUGUAGGGUUGGAGACCAACCAAAGUACUGACCCUUAACAUACUUUGCUUAUCACCAUUCUUUCUUUGUACUUACCACCAUAGACACAGCACUUCUCUAUUCUGGCUGGGUGCUAGCUUUUUCCAAAGAUCUUCAAAAGCAGAUUCCAGGCUACCCUCCAGAGUGAGUUAGUCUGUGGUGGAACCCAGGUGCCACUAAGUUUUAGACACCCGGGAAGUUUUUCAUGCAACAUACAACUGUGGUUGAUAAUGGUAGAGGAAUUUGAAGUCAAUUGUAAUUGCCUUUGAAUUUUCCUCUUUGGAAAGUACUAGAUGAAUAAAAAUCUAUCUGAAA